CGGAAUAGAGCCAGACACGGAAAUCAAACGGAAAGCACAUAUAUAUCCCAAUUUCCGGGAGAAACGCCCGAAAUUGGCAACACUGCGAGGCUCAGAGCUCUCUGGCUGAGGAUGCUCCCCAUUAAACUUCGAAUCCCAGAAUGCAAUGGGAGGGAGCUUUGCGGGCGGGAGCAGCGAAGCAAAAAAGCAACUUAGGCUGCAAGGAUUGGUUCCGAGGUUGCCGUUGCCCUCUCAGUGUGGCGGAACCAGCGCGGGCGGGCGGCAAACUGAGAUUGCGAUGGCGACUUACGUGAGCGAACUGGAGGUGGCCAAAAAGAACCUGAGUGAGGCUCUGGGCGAGAAUGUGAAGCAAUAUUGGGCUAAUCUGAAGCUGUGGUUUAAACAGAAGAUCAGCAAAGAAGAGUUUGACUUAGAAGCUCGGAGACUCCUCACACAAGACAAUGUCCACUCUCACAAUGACUUCUUAUUGGCUAUUCUCACACGAUGCCAAAUCUUGGUUUCUGCACCUGAGGGUGCUGGAUCUUUGCCAUGGACAGGAGGGUCUGCCACAAAACCUGGGAAGCCAAAAGGAAAGAAAAAGUUUUCUUCUGUUCGACAGAAGUUUGAUAUAGCCCCCCGGGCUUUGUUAGGGUGCCACUGUGGCGGCGCCUUUGGCCGCUCUUGCAGUCCCCACGGCCGCAGCCGCCAGUGCGCUUGUUCUGUGGCCUGCUGGGGCCGCUCCUCUGGCUCAUCAAGGCCUCUGAGGCAGCUCCGCGGUGGGGGUCCGCCAUGGGCUCCCCCCGACCUUGCGAAGCCUGGGAGGCGGCUUGCAGUCGGGGCUCCGGCCGCGGCUCCCUGGCCUCGGCAAUGCCUCGAGGCGGCUCUGCGGUUGUGGCUCCGGCCGCGGGCUCCUCCGUCCUCGGCGAGGCCUGGGAGGCAGCUCCGAAGUCGGGCUCCAGCCGUGGGCUCCCCGGCUUCGGCAAGGCCCCUGAGGUGGCUCCGUGGUGGGGCUCUGGCCGCGGUUCCCCCGCCCUCAGCAAGGCCUCUGAGGCGCUCCACAGUUGGGGCUGGCGCAGGCUCCUCUGGCCUCGGCAAGGCCCUGAGGUGGCCUCCGCGGUUGGGGCUUCCGGCCGCGGGCUCCUCUGACCUCGGCAAGGCCUGGGAGCAGCUCCACAGUCGGGGCUCCGGCCACAGGCUCCUCCGGCCUCGGCAAGGCCCUCUGAGCGGACUCUGCGUUGGGGGCUCCGGCCGGGCUCCUCCGCCCUUGCUGAAGCCUGGGAGGCGGCUUUGCAGUCGGGCCCGGCCGUGGGCUCCUUUGCCUCGCAAGCCUCUAAGCGGGCUCCGUGGUUUGGGCUCCAGCCGCUGGCUCCUCCUCCUCGGCGAGGCCUGGGAGGUGGCUCCGCAGUCGGGGCUCCGGCCGCAGGCUCCUCUGGCCUCGGCAAGGCCUGGAGGCGUGACUCCGCGGUGGUCCGGUACAGGCUCCUCCGCCCGUGGGGAGGCCUGGGAGGCGGCUCUGCAGUCGGGCUACGGCCGCGGGCUCAACUGGCCUCAGCAAAGGCCAGCGCCAGCUAUCAAAUGCCCAGCUCUACAUGAGCCAGUCAAUGGUCAUUUCAGCUGUAUUCACUCUUAUGCAAACUUUGCAUAUGGCUCCAGUUGCAACUUUUCAUGCAGUGAGGGUUUUCAGCUUGUUGGACUGGAAGUGCUUGAUUGCUUGGCUGGAGGAAACUGGACUGAACAAUUGCCACACUGUAAAGCUAUUGAAUGUCCCAAAUUGAAUAGUCCUAAGAAUGGAGAACUGAAAUGUUCUCAUCUAUAUGGAGACUUCAUGUAUAGUUCCAUGUGUACCUUCUCGUGUAAUAAAGGAUUUGUACGAAUUGGAAUGGAGCAGGUUCAGUGCACAGCCCUGGGAACGUGGACAGAGAAACCACCCUUGUGUGAAGCCAUACAAUGUCACAGUCUGCAGAGGCCUGAGAAAAGUCGGAUGGACUGCUCUCAUCCACUUGGAGUCUUUGCUUUCCAAUCCACCUGUGCAUUUGCCUGUGAGCCUGGCUUUGCCUUAACUGGAACAAAGGCAACCCACUGCUUAGCAACUGGGAACUGGAGUGCUCCAAUACCUAUAUGUCAGGCUAUCCAUGCCCAGCUCUGGAAAUGCCAGACAAUGGUAAGGGAAACUGCUCUCAUCCCAUGGACAAUUUGCAUAUAAUUCCAG